CCCCUCUUCCUCUAAUGUCUUUGUCCUCUAACUACUACUGUAACUUGCUCAAAAUCUGCUGCCAAGCAGGAAACCAUGCACAAGCAAAGAAGCUUCACUGUCACAUUAUCAAAACCCUUACAAGUCCUGAAACCUUUCUUCUCAAUAAUAUCAUCACGACGUACGGGAGAUUAGGCAACUUAAGGUAUGCUCGUCAUGUGUUCGAUCAAAUGCCUCACCCAACCCUUUUCUCAUGGAACGCAAUUCUCUCCGUCUAUUCUAAAUCGGGUUAUCUUUCUGAUAUGCAAGAGAUCUUCGAUCGCAUGCCGAGGCGAGAUGGGGUGUCUUGGAAUUCAUUUAUUUCUGGGCAUGCGUCCUGUGGUUUGCUUGCUGAGGCUGGCAAAUUUUAUAGCUUGAUGUUAACGGACGGAGCCGUCAAUUUGAACCGGAUAACGUUUUCCACGAUGCUUGUGCUUUGUUCGAGCCAGCGGUGUGUGAACUUGGGUCGACAGCUUCAUGGGCAUAUAGUGAAAUUUGGGUUCGAGUCGUAUGUGUUUGUUGGUAGUCCUUUGGUUGACAUGUACUCAAAAGCAGGGUUGAUUCUUGACGCAAAACGUGUUUUCAAUUCUAUGCCGGAGAGGAAUGUGGUUAUGUAUAAUACAUUGAUCACCGGGCUUUUACGGUGUGGAUUGAUAGAAGAUUCUGAAUGUUUGUUCAGUAAAAUGCCUGAAAAAGAUUCGAUUUCAUGGACCACAAUGAUUACAGGACUUACCCAAAACGGUUCAGGCAGCAAAGCUCUUGAUAAGUUUAGAGAAAUGAUAUUAGAAGGCUUAAGUAUGGAUCAAUAUACAUUUGGUAGCGUAUUGACCGCAUGCGGGGGCCUAUUUGCCUUGGAAGAGGGCAAGCAAGUUCAUGCCUAUAUCAUUAGGACUGAGCUUAUAGAUAACAUCUUCGUUGGUAGUGCUCUUGUUGACAUGUAUUGCAAAUGUAGAAGCAUAAAAGCUGCAGAAGGAGUUUUCAAGAGAAUGAGCUGCAAGAAUGUGGUAUCGUGGACUGCAAUGCUUGUGGGUUAUGGCCAGAAUGGGUACAGUGAAGAAGCUGUUAGAGUUUUUUGUGACAUGCAGAGAAAAGGGGUUGAACCAGAUGAUUUUACCCUGGGAAGUGUAAUUAGCUCAUGUGCAAACCUAGCAAGCUUAGAAGAAGGUGCCCAGUUCCAUGGUCAAGCUCUAGCUUCAGGCUUGAUUUCUUUCAUUACAGUUUCAAAUGCACUUGUCACCUUAUAUGGUAAAUGUGGAAGCAUUGAAGACUCCCAUCGGCUGUUCAAUGAGAUGAACAUCAGGGAUGAGGUUUCCUGGACAGCCUUGGUUUCAGGUUAUGCCCAGUUUGGAAAAGCUUAUGAGACAAUUGAUUUGUUUGAAAGGAUGCUGGCCCAUAGUUUGAAACCCGACGGAGUUACUUUCAUAGGGGUUCUUUCAGCUUGCAGCAGAGCAGGACUCGUGGAUAAAGGACAUCAGUAUUUUGAAUCCAUGGUAAAAGAACAUGGAAUUACACCAAUUAUGGAUCACUACACUUGCAUCAUUGACCUUCUCAGCCGAGCUGGAAGGUUAGAAGAAGCAAAAAGAUUCAUAAAUGAGAUGCCUUUCCAUCCCGAUGCAAUUGGUUGGGCCACUUUGCUGAGCUCAUGUAGACUUCAUCGUAAUAUCGAAAUUGGUAAAUGGGCAGCUGAAUCUCUUCUAGAGUUAGAGCCCCAGAAUCCUGCUAGCUAUAUCUUGCUCUCAAGCAUCUAUGCUGCUAAAGGGAAAUGGAACGAGGUGGCCAAUUUAAGGAGAGGAAUGAGGGAUAAGGGGGUUAGAAAGGAACCAGGUUGCAGUUGGAUCAAAUAUAAGAGCAGAGUGCACAUUUUUUCAGCAGAUGACCAGUCAAGUCCAUUUUCAGAUAAGAUAUAUGCCAAGCUGGAGAAACUAAAUUGCAAAAUGAUAGAAGAGGGGUAUGAGCCAGAUAUGAGUUCUGUUCUUCAUGAUGUUGAGGAAUCAGAAAAGAAGAAGAUGCUUAAUUACCACAGCGAGAAGCUGGCAAUUGCGUUUGGAUUGAUAUUUCUUCCUGCUGGCAUUCCUAUACGAGUAGUUAAAAACCUUAGAGUAUGCGGGGAUUGCCACAAUGCCACUAAAUACAUUUCCAAGAUCACCAAGAGAGAGAUACUUGUAAGAGAUGCUGUCCGGUACCAUUUAUUUAAAGAUGGAACUUGUUCAUGUGGAGAUUUCUGGUGAUGAGAUUGUCAGUGUCAAAGGCUGUUGGAGAGGAUUGUAAAACCAUUAUAUUUAUUAGACUCUGGGAAGAAUUAGAAAGUCCAACAAGAAUAGUUACCUGCUGCAACUGAGUACAGAUCUCAAUGACUUCAGCUGGAGGUGCCCAAUCACCAAAGUUCCUCUCAAUAAACUGUUUCCCUCCACCAAGUGCUUUGAAGAAUUCCGUUCCGCGGUCAAACAAUACAACACCACCCCAGUAUCGAGGCC